GAAAAAAUCGCCAUUUUUGUUGUGGUUCACCAGAAAACAAUAACUUGUGCAUGAUUUGGUGGGACAUGAUGGAUUAAUCAUGAAGUCUCAUGACCAUUGGUGACUAAACCAUGUAAAGAAGAAGAACCUGUGUGUGUAUGUGUGUGUUGUGGAUGAAUUUUAUAAGUCAAGGAGGAUUACAAGAAUGUAGCCAGCAUUAAUCAGUGAUAAAACUCAGCAUUUAACCAAAAGUAUGGCAUCAAGUUCUGAGGACAUUGCCGCUGCUUCUACCUCACAGACAGAAGAUGAGCAUAAAGAGAAGAAGAAAAAGUCUAAUCCUCUGGGUAGAAUGUGGAAAAAAAUCACUGGCUCAAGGAAGUCAACAAAGUCUAAAGAGUCUGUGAAGGCCAAAUCCACAGGAGCCCUACAUCAAGGCCCAGGGCUGACAGAGGAUGACGAUGAAGGAGGAUUUGUUUCCAGUAGACUACAGGGAAGCCGCAGUAUAUCGGAGGAUAGUGUCUUUAAACCUGAACAAAAGGAAGGAGGACUGAAGGCAUUCCAUCAGACAGCCGUCUCCAUGGAACAAGUCAACAAAUCAGAUUUCAGGAGCGAGUUAUUCCAUAAGCUUAAGCGGAGAACAAUGAGUCAGUCUGAUGAAGAUGACGGUCUUCCACAGAGUCCAGCACCACAUGUCACCACCGCUGACCUCAUUCUGGGUGGUGGUCUCAAGUCGUCCUCCACGGGGAAAUCUACGAGUCGUGAAAGUGACAAGAGUCUCCUCAGUGUAGACGGAUCGGAAAACGAAGAAGAUGAUUUGUUUGAUUCAAACUGGAAAUCUUCCAUUGCAUCUGUAAAGAAGCCACAAGACAACAGCAGUUCAGAAGAGGCCAACAUGGAUCUAGAUUUCACAGUUGUUAAAAGAGAUACGCAAACUCUGACCAGUGAUGCAGCAAAACAUAGGAUCUCUAUUAAACCCAAGUCUAGGAAAAGUUCCUUGCAAUCUAGGAGAGCAGCUGAGAGAACGACAUCACCUUUACCCAGAGUGACAGAAGAAACAACAAAACAAGCUGAUCUGAUCACUGUACAGGACAACAAAACCAGUAUUCAAGUCAUCAAGCCACAAAAGGUGGAGGAAUCAGUACCCAAAGAAAUCAAAACUGAAGAGAGUAGCGCAGUUAAAGAUAGGAAGUCUUUAGUGGUUCCAAGUGAGCCACAGAAAACACAGCCAGAAAAAGAUAUUUCAGUCAGCAACAAAGAGAAGGCUCGCUGGUCAGACACUCCUGUUUCAAGAAGAGACUCUGAAAAAGAGAAAAAGGAUGAAUCAGUGAAAGUGGAAAGUUUGAGGAGUGUCAAACCCAGACCUAAGAGUCUUGUGGAUCUAGACCAUAUCAGAGACACAAAGGAUGAGUCUAACGAGUUGUCAAAGGCAUUCAAGAGGAUGUCACUGAAGAAAGAGAUUGUCUCCCCUGAAAUGCCUGCUAAGGCCAGUAAUAUUGAACCACUCAAGGAGGUGAUUAGUGUCACAAGUGUUAACGAGUUUAAACCACACAGAGCAUCAGUUAAAACAGACGAAACAAAGGUAGAGGAGAACAAACCCACUAAAUCACCAACCACAAAAGAUGCACCAGGGAAAACGACUUACGUUCUGAAAAAAGAACCACUUAGACCUGUGACAUCUCCAAAAUCACCAGAAUAUGAAAACUUACAGGACUUAAAACUUAGUAAAAAUAUUACUUCCCCAUCCUCAGAUUAUGAAAAUGUGCCUGUUGGAGGUUUUAAAUCUGAGAAAUCAGAGUUAUCUUCUCCUGAAGCAGAUUAUGAUAAUUUAUCUCCUAUAUCUUACCCAGUCUCACCAACAGCAAACAAAUUCUUGCCAAGAGACAUAGACAAUGCUUCCAAGUCGAAAACUUCUACAUUGCCUCAAAAAUUAUCCUCUCCAAAGGAGGAAUACAGGUUAAAGAGACAACCAAGGAGCAGGACGCUACCAGAACAGCCUGUUCCAAGGGAAAUUAUAGAAUCCAAAUCUCCAGCUACCCCUCGUGAAAUUAUGGAUUCACAGUCUAUUGAUGUCGGUGAAAAACCAGUCAAAAAAUUAGCGAGUAAAACAGAUUCUUUCAAAGAGAACAAUGCAAGCUCCCUUAAUAGGUUUUCAAAAGGUGUUCCCUCUGGACUUUCUGUAAAAACUGCUGAAAAUAAAAUUGAUAUUGAAUCCACUGCCGCAAAAGAUGAACAUAAACGCCCUGCCUCUUUGAAAAUGGGUUAUAAUGUCUCAACCACUCCAAGCUUGGUCAGGCCUAAAUCAGAUGAACCUACUUCUUAUGUAAUCAAGUCAGAUUCUCAAGAGAAAGCAAAGUUUGGACAGAUUAAACCUGUGAGUGUAAAUUCAGCAAAGGAAAAGGAAACAAAGGCGCCAGAGCCGAGUAACGCAAAACCACAAGACGUAAAGAAGGAAGAUCUCCCCCAAAAACCUCCCCUUAAAGCAAAGCCUAAAGAAGUGGGAUCCUCCACAUUAGAAAGGAAAUCUUUGUUUGAAAGCACAUCUAGCUCAUCACCUGCCUCUGUUCCUGCAUGGAAGGCAAAUUUAAAGAAAGGUUCUCUAAAGGAGAAGGAUAUAAAGAUAGAAAUAAUAGAAAAGACCCCUGUAACAGAGAAAGUGGAGGAACCGAAGAAACAGACCCCUGUUCAGCUGAGAGGAAAGCCAGCCUGUGCAGAGGAGUCUAAGUCUUCUCGUAAGAGUUCUAAUGUCCUGGAUAUGGUGAAGAACUUCCAGAGUAUGCAGGCCACAUAGAGUCCAUACAGCAGUCGAUUCUGUGUUCAGACCACUGGGCCAAGUCAUCAGCAGGUGGCCAAGCAAUGAGGAGAAACAUGUGCCUUCUGUAUUCAGUUAAAAUGACACAGCAAAGCAUCAGACUAGCAAUGCUUGCGGAAUGUUUUCAUUUCUAGUUUGAACAAUGUUGAUAUACUUGGCAACAAAAACAAAAAUUGUUUUAUGAUUUUUGAGAGAACAAUUCACAGGAAUGGAAGUAAAUUAUUUCAUGUUGAAUGAUGCAUGCUGUAAAGGUCUUCAUUUCUGAACAACUGUCUUUCCUUUGAAUUUUUUUUUACACUUGAUGAAUACAUUGGUGAAUAUGUGGAACAAAAUUUAGUGCUAACUACUCCAAAACGUUACCUUUUCAACAUUUUGGAGAAAAAUUUUCAGAUUUAAUUAUGAAGCAGGUGUUUGCAUUAGUUUCAGGUGGGGGGAUAUACAGAAUUCUUUUUUAUAUUGGAUGUAAUGCUCAGAACUUUACUAGGUUUUUAGUUAAGCUCAAACUAUUGCAUUCCCCUGGUGUAAAUAAACCUAAGUGUUUAAUUACUGUGAUAUGUUUUUUCUCCAUUUUUCUAAUUAAAUUUAAAAGGAGUUGUAAGAGACAUUUGUGUCUAAUAAAAACUGUCAUUGUGUGCUCAGUUACAAUGUCUAAAACAAAGUUCUAGAAAAAAAUUGAUUUUCAUUCAACAUAAUAAACUAAACAGAUUUUUAGAAACUAGUAUUUAUGGCAUUGAGAUGAAUACUAUAUCUUCAUUUACUUCAUUCAUAUGUUAGUGAACUGAAAACAUGUUUACACAAGGUUGAACAAAGUCUUUAAAAAUGUCUUUAAAAAUAUUGUGAUGAUUUGGUUGUGAAGAAAUUCUAUUUUAUGAGCCCUGCUUUUUUGUGUGUUAUUGCAUGUUUAGUAUAUGAAGUGCAAUGUUGUGUUGUGAAUAUUUUUUGUGAUAAGUUGUUACCUACAACAUUCAUUGUUUUGAUUGUCUUAGUUUCAGUUUUAUGUUUAUAACAGAUUUUAAUCAAGUCAUAAUGUAUUUCAGUGCUUGAAAUAUCAUUUAUUAGAUUUAAACAUUUUGUGCAAUAAUUGUGACCAAGCAUAUCUUGUAUUAGGUAUAACUGUAUUGUGAUUGGAAUGAUUUUAUGUAAAAUAUUCUUCAUAUAUUACGACUUUCAAGACACUCAAAAUGCAUUUUUAUGUGUAAAAUUAAUAACCUGGUGCUUAUACCAUAAAUCAAAUGCUGUACAAUUGUAAAAAGUAUUACAUCGUUUCAUGAAAUUCAUAAAUUUGUACUCAAGAUAAUUUGCGAAAUUUCAUUUUUGCCAAAAUUAAGUAUAGUGGUUAUUCUUGGUGUUGAUAUUUCCUGUGGAAGCUUUAAUAAUUUUGCCUUCUGAGUUAUCUCCCUGUAAGAGCAUUUAGUAAACUAAUUGUUCUAUGUAAGGCUCACUAGUAUUAGUUCAGAAGCAUGGCAUGUUGUUUUUCAUAUACAUUGUCUACAAUCUUAUAAGAAUUGCAUUUCAGAAUUUACUCUUCUUAAUUAUUAAAAAAAUGUAAGCUUUAUCAACCCUGGUACUUUUCAUGGGUGAUUGGUGGAUUUGUAUUUCACACACUGGGUAUAUACUUAGAUAUGAAA